GUGCUGCCCUUGUCUGACCAGCAGAGGCAGCAAGGAGCUAAAGGAAUUGCUUUUUCUCCCCACAUUUAGGUCUGAGAGAAGACUGCCAUCCUAGCCAGACUUAAGCUUGUAGCUGUGGUCAGAGUUAUGCCAGCCCAAGCCUUGCUGCCCACCCUGUUCCUCUGCAUGCUGCUGCUGUUCAUGCAGACUCAGGGAGGCCACCGUGAACGUGAAUGGUACACGAUGCAGGAAAUACAACCAGUCCCCCAAAUCAAGGUCUGUGAGAAGCUACCUGAAUUUUAUCAAUGCAACCGCCAGUGUGAAACUCACCAAGACUGCCAAGCAAAUAAUAUAUGCUGCUCAACCUUCUGUGGGAACAUUUGCAUGAGUCUCCUAUGAGGGGAGUAUGCUCCCUGCUCCCCCAGUCCUCCACUCACAAACUGAAUGAGAAUCAGAAACGUGAAAACCUCAAAGCAAGUGUACAAGAAUGUGAACCAGAAGGCUGCCCUCCCUAUUGUUUGGACCCCUAACCUGUCAAAUAAACCAGGAUUAAUGUCCCAA